CUCCGAGCGCACGACAACACUGGACUGAAAUUCGGCACGAGGGUUUUUUUAUUGCCAAUUGCGCCCCGCUACACUUUUUGACUGCUUCAUUGCAAUCACCAUCAUGGCCAUCGUCUCUGCAUAUACAAUCAUCCGGACCCUGUCGCUGUUCCACAUCACCCUCGCCGCGCUCAUCCUCAAGGAUCCGAAGCUCGUCGCGGACCAAAACAUCGUCUUCCUGCUAGGACAAUCAAUGCAGCUGCCGACUCCGCGCGAAUUCUCCAAGCCCUCCGCAACCACGGCCUUCAUCGCCGUGCUCCUAGCCUUCCUCGGGCUCAGCGACCUCACCUCCCUCUCCCUCUCGGAUGAACUGGCCGAGUCGUACUGGGGCACGCAGACGCCCGUCCGCUUAGCCUUCCUUUUCGUCGUCACCGGCUAUACAUACACCUUCAAGGAGGGCGGCAUGUUGUCGAGCAAGGGACACGCCUAUGCGCCCGGUGCGGGCGAUCACUUGAAGAACAGUAUCGUCUUCACGUGGGGCUUCUUGGAGCUUGCCGCGUGGUUUUGGGUAUUCAUCACGCUGCGCGAUGAACGGCGACAGAGGGCUAUGCGCCUCAUUGAGCAGCGCAAAGCUGAGCAUGAUAGACUGUGAUUUAUACAAGAGCAUACACGCAAAGCCUUUGCAAGAUACCCGCGUCGCUGGUUCAGAAAAUCCAUGUUUUUCGCUUCGUAUAAAGUUUCCUCGAAUGUAUUAACGUUUG